AUGGACUGCACAUCAGCUGCUCAUACUGCUCCCGUAGAAGGAACAAUCAGUAAAUUCGAUAAAAUUGAAUAUGCAGUGUUGAUUCUAAGUAGUCCUGAAUAUGAAGCAAAGAGAGAUGCUAUCCGAGCCACUUGGGCUAACUUUGCUAACAAUAUCUUUGUCGAAAACGGUGUAAAACUAUACAAAUGGAAUCACACGUGGAUUGGACACAACGCUCAACAAGAUUUCAUUAAAACAUUUUUUGUUGUUGGAUCACAAGGAUUAAAUGGUUUAAAAUUAGAGAAACUAAGAGCUGAACAUGCAAGAACCAAUGACUUGUUAAUAUUAGACAAUUUACAAGAUAAUUAUAACAACUUAGCCACUAAAUUAAUAUAUUCUUUUCAAUGGAUAAAUAAGAAUUUAAAAAAUUUGAAGUAUCUCAUAAAAUGUGAUGACGACUCCUUUCUUAGAAUAGAUCUCAUAGUUAAAGACUUAGACACGUAUGCUCCUGGAAUGGAUGAACCAGAGAUUCGUAAACAUAUAACUAAAAAAUUCCAAUCAAGUGAAUACAAAGGUUUGUACUGGGGAUAUUUUGAUGGUCGAGCCAGAGUUUACCUUAACGGUAAAUGGGAGGAGAAGGACUGGUUUCUGUGUGAUACAUACUUGCCAUAUGCUCUAGGUGGCGGUUAUGUUAUAUCACAUAGUAUUGUUGAUUACAUUGCUAGAAAUGCUGAAUUUUUAAGUCAUUACAACUCUGAAGACGUCUCCAUGGGAGUUUGGACAGCAGCACUGAAUGGCAUCAACAGAGUUCAUGAUAUAAGGUUUGACACCCAGUGGAAAUCCCGAGGAUGUGAAAAUAAUAUGUUGGUACGCCAUAAACAAACACCAAGUGAUAUGUUCCAAAUGUACCGAACGCUGGUACAUUCGCAGGGGCAGAAACUAUGUAAGACUGAAAAUGCUUUAAGAAAAUAUUAUUUUUAUGAUUGGAAUGUUUUACCAAGUAUGUGUUGUAAAUGA